AUGUACGCUGUGCCCAUUGCGAUCACCUUUCUCUCCUUGGUAUGCCUGGUUGUCGCGCUGCGUCUGUACACGCGAUUACAUAUGGUUCGGACACCAGGCAUGGAUGAUCUGCUGAUCGUCGGUGCGCUGGCGGCCGACAUUGUGUUCUUCGCCUUCCUAAUAGUUGAGGUCCAAAACGGCUUAGCCGAGAAGAAGGCACAGCUCAGUGAAGACGUUGUACGAAAACAACUCAAGGCUCUCUACAUCACGAUUCCACUCUACAACCUCUCUCUGACCCUGACCAAACUGUCCUUGAUAUUCCUUUACAAGCGCCUCUUCCCGACGAAGUCCUACCAAAUCAUCCUGGCCAUAACCUUAUGUUUUGUGGUCGCCACGGGGCUGUGGAUGGUGUUCAGCGCAAUCCUGUUUUGUAACCCUAUUCGCUCGUUCUGGGACACCUCGCUGCCGCACACCUGCCUUCCGGAGACGGUCGUCUGGAGUCUGAACGCCGCGUUCCAGAUCUCGACGGACCUGCUCCUUGUGAUCCUGCCGAUGCCCGUGCUGGCGAAGCUGCAGAUCCCGAAACGCCAGAAGGUCGCGCUGAUUCUCAUUUUCGCGUUGGGGUUCUUCGUCUGCGCAACGAGCAUCAUCCGCCUGACGACGAUCGUGCACCUCGUCCGAUCACCCGACUUCACAGAAGGAAACGGCCUAGCAGCAACCUGGUCCUUCAUCGAAUGCAACGUCGCCAUCAUCUGCGCCUGCCUACCCCCACUCCGCCCCUUCAUCAUCCGCUUCUUCCCGCACCUGAUGCCCUCCCGCGCGCGCUCCUACCACCCGCACCCGCCGCGCGAGAAACUGUCGCGACCCAGCCGCACCCCCGCCGGCGGCGGCGGUAGCAGCAGCAGCAACGCCGUGCUAAGCAGCAGCCAGAACCCGUUUGCGCCGGCAAGCGCCAGCUACGUGACCAGCGUCGCGGGGACGUUCUCCAUGGAUAGUCUCUGUCUUGGGCUGGGGGACUCCGGGCAGAGCCAUCCGCAUUCUCAUCAUCAACGGCAUCUUGAGGCGGAGGCGGAUGGAAUUCAGGUUGUGCAGGAGUUGAGGUGGGAUUCUUUUGCUGUUGCGGAGGGGGGGCAGGGGGUUGGGGUUGCGGUUUGA